ACGUGUGGACGAGCUUUGUUAGAAUCAGGUGUGGAAAUAAAAGUAACAACGCAAUCUAAAAAUUUGAAUAAUUCAAGUGAUUUGUGCUCACGUUUUUAUCCGCUCCAAGUGGCAAAAUCCCCAUUACCUAUUGAUUUUGGGAGGGCAUUCAAAAUCCCUCCCGUUCAAGAGCGUUCAACGGCCAGCAACAUUACCUUUGAUCAAGGCAGCGAAUUUAACCUGCAUUUGACUCCAGGCACUGAUCUAUUCCAGGUAACUGAACCAUGCAACCAUCUGAAAAAGCUGUCAUCUGUUUCUCAUGGCGUGAAAUCUCGGCCGCCAUCGUCGGAUCCAACAUGCGUCAAAACGACACCGCUUUUGAGCCCGACGAUGGAGAAGAAUCUGAUGGAGACGUGGAGUACUCUGGAGUCCAAACCACUCUUCAACAACGAAGAGGAUUCAACAGCUUUUAUUACAUGGGAGGAGAAUUAUCAGGAUCUAAGUGGAUGGUGCAUGGAUCCAUUCCAGGGCCAUUGCACACUUCCUGCAGGUGAAUCUAAGACCACUAAAAUUUCAGGCAUGAAAAUUGAGGAUACGGAUAAGUCGAUUGAGACAAAGGGGGGCGUAAAAGAUUUAGGACCAACUCCUGAAAGGGCAUUUAUUUCUACGGCAGAAAAAAUGCCAUUAAAUAACAAUCAAACAGUUCUAUUACUUGAUGAUAAACAGGAGUUAAUUGGGGGGACCAUAGACGUACCUGAAACGUGGCUGGAUUUACCACAAUCUUCCAUAGCUCUUCAAACAAACGAGUGGAUACAACUCGUCGAUAACAACGAAGUAAACGAACCUCUUCAACGAGUUUCAAAAGUAGAAAAAAUAGAAACAAAGUAUGCAGAUCAACAAGAUAAUUGGGAUGUAAUUAAGACUCUUGACAACACCGACUCAGAUGAUUUUGAUCUUCUGUCUUACUUAUGUGAUGAUAAUAUGCAGUCGCCUGAAAGCAUAUCAACAGAUUCUACUGAUCCUUUACAAGCAUCUACGAGCUUAAAGAGUUCAGAACAUAAGUCAGCAGUAACUAUGCGACUUAGAAGUAAUCGACGAUUCACAAACAAAUCAGAAACAAUUACAUCGUCAACAAUUACAUCAUCAGAACUAUUAGAAAACGAAGAAAAACCUAUUUCAUCCAGAACUUCUACUAGAUCAACACGAGGAGUUAAUUUAAAAGUAAAAAAAGAUAUGAAAAUAGCUCAUCGCGGUAAAAAACGAGAAUAUGAAAGUGAUUCAGAUCAAUCGGAUGUCAGUUAUCGAGAGUCACGAAAGAAAAAUAAUGAAGCUUCACGAAAGUCUCGAAUGAAUAAAAAAGCUAAAGAACUAGAAAUGAUGUCUAAAGCGGUUAUACUUGAAAAAGACAACAGAAUAUUAAAAUUAAAAGUAGAAGAGAUGGAAAAAAUGGUAACUACUCUUAGAGCUGCUAUACUCAAAUCUGCAUUGAAGAAAAAAUUUUAAUUAUUUACUAAGUUCUAUAUAUUAAUAUCUACCCGUGAAAAAUAUAAUAGAUAAAGUUAUAUAUGUUUUGUUUUAUCUACUAUCUACUUGUGUUAUCUACUAUAACAGGCAGAGGUGAUAGUUGUUUUAGAAACGAAAAAUCGAUAUUUUUUAUAAAAAUAUGUGACGGAUGAGGGAUAUCUAUACAUAUUCUUUAAAAAUGCUUUAAAAAAUGGCGCUAAAAAAUUAUUUUUGUUAUUCUUAUAUAGAAUACAGCACUAUUUGCUUCACUAUAAUUAUCCAAAAUAAUAAUGAAAUCAAAAAAAAAUUGUGACACAUCAAUUUAUCACUUAUACCCUAUAGUGUGUCUAUUUUAUUAUAUAAGAUUCUUAAGAUGUAUUUAAUUAUGCAAUUUUUUUUAUAUUUUAUUCUUCAGUUGUAAUAUUAUUAAUACAACAUACAAAUGUAUUUCAAGGAUUC